GCUGCAAACUUUGUGGUGAUAGGUAAGUUUUCUCUUUUCUUUUCCCGGUUAUGCUAAACGGCCCGCUCACGAUAAGAUGUAGGACAUGUUGAUGCAGGAAAGAGUACAUUAAUGGGCCGUCUGCUUGCCGAUUUGAAUGCAGUAGACCAGAGAACCUUGGAGAAAUACCGUAAAGAAGCAGAGAAGAUUGGCAAAGGAUCUUUUGCUCUGGCAUGGGUCCUUGAUCAGAGCUCUGAAGAGCGGGCUCGCGGAGUCACCAUUGACAUCGCGACCAACAAAUUCGAGACCGAAAAGACGCGUUUCACCAUCGUGGAUGCACCUGGCCAUCGAGACUUCGUACCCAACAUGAUUGCAGGUGCUAGUCAGGCAGACUUCGCCGUGCUGGUCAUUGAUUCUGGCACCGGCAAUUUCGAAUCAGGCUUGAAGGGCCAGACCAAGGAACACGCAUUGUUAGUACGCAGUAUGGGCGUACAGAAGAUCGUGGUUGCUGUCAAUAAGAUGGACUCAGUUGAUUGGUCCAAAGAUCGUUAUGAGGAGAUUGAGCAGCAGAUAUCUUCUUUCUUGACAACUGCUGGUUUCCAGGAGAAGAACAUCUCAUUCGUCCCCUGUUCAGGGUUCCAUGGAGAUAACAUCACCCGGCGCAGUGACAACCCAAAUGCGUCUUGGUACACAGGACGCACCUUGAUUGAGGAGCUCGAGACGUCAGAACCUUACACACACGCUCUCGAAAAGCCGCUCCGCAUGACUAUCGCGGAUGUUUUCCGGGGCGGCGUGCAAAGCCCGGUCUCCAUAUCUGGCCGCAUAGACGCGGGAAGUCUGCAGAUUGGCGACCAGAUACUCACCAUGCCUAGUGGCGAGAAGGCAGUUAUCAAGAGUCUGGAGGUUGACGGUGAGCCUAGCGAAUGGGCGGUGGCGGGACAGAAUGUGGUGUUGAAUCUAGCCAACAUCGAUCCAAUCCACCUGCGCUCCGGAGAUGUCAUCUGCACACCAACGUCUCCCGUACAGAAUAUUACUACAUUUACUACGAAAGUGUUGGCAUUUGAUCAUCUGAUGCCUAUGCUAGUAGACAUCCAUCGCGGGCGCCUCCACGUUCCGGGACGUAUCAGCCGACUAGUGGCCACACUUGACAAGGGAACCGGAGCACCCGUGAAGAAGAAGCCGAAGAUUAUACCGCCAGGAACGGUGGCGAGGAUCGUUGUCGAGAUGGACCAGGCAAUUCCCCUGGAGGCACCAGCGAGAAUUGUUCUGCGUGCCAGUGGUGACACAGUUGCCGCUGGAUUGCUUGAAUAGACCGAGCUUAUGCGGGAUAUGAGAUACGACUUGGCGAGUUUCUCUAGGAUCUUAGGAAUAGAUACCAUUUUCAGGCUCAGGAAUAGGCAGCGGCAAUGCGCACAGAUCAGUUCAGGAUUCGCAAGUGAAGAUCUUACUGUGGAUUGCCUACUUUCUAAAACAAUCUUCGUAUUAUUCUAGAGUGUGUGCAGAGGCAAAGGCAUCAAUGUGAUGGCGAAGUCGUGUAGGCAACAUGGGGGAGCCACAG